ACACCACCCAGCGAGCAAGCACCCUACCAGUUCAACAAUUGUCUAUCUUCCAUGCAAGCUGUCCCCGUCGGAUCUUCGCGCCUGGCACCGCUUCUGCAGGCGGCUUCGAUGCCGUCCGAGCCGUACUCGGCACCGCACACGAUCCGCACCAUCCGGCUGCCGUCGCUGGCACCCCGCCUGCCUACACUGCCCAGCCUCAUGAGUACUCUUGCGGCUCAGGGCAGCUACGCCUCGUCGGCCACCUCGUCGCCUACGCGCGCGUCUUCGUCGAUCUCGUUCCUGCUGAACCCGCCUGCUGGCCAAGCUGGGGGCGCCCAGAACCUCCUCAACCAGCAGCACUUGUACGUGCCCGCUGCCCCGACGGCGCCGUCCACUAUCCUGUACCACCCGUACGCGAACUCUGCGUCAUCGCUGCCAAUGACCACGAGCCUGAUCCAGCCGCAAGAAGUCAAGCCGCAGCCCAAGAAGAAGCGCAAGACGCGCAUCUGCAAAUCGGAGGGCUGCGAGAAGUACGUGGUGGAUCGGGGCCUGUGCAUCCGUCACGGAGGUGGCAAGCGCUGCUCCGUGGAAGGUUGCAACUGCCGCGCGCAGAACCGCGGGCUGUGCUGGAAGCACGGCGGCUACACGCGCUGCACGGUGGAGGGCUGCACGAAGCGUGCCAAGUCGCGCGGCAUCUGCUGGUCGCACGGCGGCGGCACUCGUUGCAAACACGGCGGGUGCUCAAAGAUCGCUGUGUCGCAUGGCCUGUGCUGGGCGCACGGCGGUGGUAAGCGCUGCCUAGUGGAGACAUGCCAGAAGCCGGCGUACGAGCGGAACGGCAACUUGUGCGCCGAGCAUUGCGCGCAGCGGACUCAGCAGCAGGCUGCUGCACUCGCUCCUGUGGCCAAUUAAGAUAGGAACGCUAACGUAGACGCCGUGUAAACUAUAUAAACACGUUCACAAUGAUUUUUCU